AUGCGGCGGACUGUCCACCAUGACUAUGGUGCCCCACGGCUUUUUGGGGUCUGAGAAUCUCCACGCUCCAUAGUAGCUUGGCUCGCUCACACUGUGCUCGGACACCAUUAUCUACGGCCCAAAACUUUUUUGGUGUGACCGACCUCCGAUCUGGAUUACUUCUUGAACCACCCGCCCUUUCCUACCUUGUACACUUGUUUAUCCGGCAUGUCUCCCCAACCCGCACCCCUCUGGCAAAUCUACAAGGGCAUUGAGCCGCGCUACCGCAUUCUCAUGGGCCUCGGCUUCAUGGGCUUCAGUAUGGCCGGGCUGUGGGUCAGCGACAAGCUUGAAGAAGCCUAUCCGGCUGCUGCAGAUACCCGCGUCGUCCAUAUUAGCCACGACGAGGUUGCUCGGGCCGAGGAGUAUCUGCGGCGGAACAGCAAGCCUAACAAGUAGACUGCCAUUGAUACUACUAAGAAUACAUGUAUGUGCACGCUUUCAUGGCCGUGGGCGCGUACGAUGUUGAUGAAAUAGUUACAGCUACAGUUAGGGUGACAAGCUUCACAUAUAUGUGCAGGAAACCCGCCCUUACGCCUACUUUGUAUCAUCAGGAUCUGAUGCCGUGCACCAUAUUGGGUCUGGGUAUGGCCAGAUAGCUGCAGCUUGGAUGCACUCUCUCAUUUACAAUAUGCGCUGGGCAGGUCUCUAUCCGAGCACACUGGACCUGCCAGUAUUCCUUUGGGCAGAGCUGGAUUCUAAUUUCUGGCAGUGCAGAUGUCAGUUAAAAAAGCGGCAAUAAAUGAAGUAGC